GAUGAUUUUCCAGUGCUAUGACAGCAGUGCAAAAUUGCUUUCGAUUGGUUCGUUCGCCGAGAAGUGUGCGGUGUAGUAAAUAACAAAAAAGUUUCGGUAAUCCGAAAUAUAAAAUAUUUAAAUUACAAAAUCUUUUGAAUUAAGCGCAUUGUAAUGUCGGGCUUAAUUUCGCUAACGAUACGGCGUAUGCCACGCGAUGCCCUCAAACUGGGAAUGCAGGCUGCACGUACCCAAGAGGUUAAAUCAGCAUGUGUAAUACGGCAAUUUUCGAAAUUGGCAGUGGUAACACAAACCCAGACCCUUACUGGAAGUGAAGCCCUACCGACCGUCGCAUACUCCUCGCCGCAACGAACAAUCGGUUGUUUUAAAACCCAAGGUUUUCACACCACUAGCAAUUUGUGGACCAUUGAGACGGUAAAAACCCCUCCUUUCCCUGAAUCCGUAGCUGAAGGAGAUGUCAAGUUUACUGUUAAAGUUGGAGAUUAUGUAGCCCAAGAUCAAGUUGUUAUGGAAGUUGAAACCGAUAAAACUGCAAUGCCUGUACCCGCGCCUUUCGGCGGUGUAAUUCGUGAAAUAUUAGUGGAAGAUGGCACUACAGUGAAGGCCGGUCAACCUUUGUUCAAGUUAGAAAAGGCUGAGGGCACACCAACUGCGGCGAAACCGGCAGCUGCAGCACCUCCACCACCAAAACCUGCCACCCCAACACCAGCUCCAGCUGCCGUAGCUCCACCACCAAAACCAGCUGCACCGGCCGCUAGACCACCACCACCACCUGCAGCAAGAGCUACUCCACCACCACCACCACCCAAGCCCUCAGCACCUGCGGGCCAAAUUCCAGUUGCUUCUGUGCCACCUGCACAAGCUGCUCCACAAAUAAAGGUGCCACCAGGUGAUUAUUCGCGCCAGAUUACCGGUACACGUACUGAACAGCGCGUGAAAAUGAAUCGAAUGCGCCUAAAGAUUGCUUCUCGUCUAAAAGAUGCACAAAACACAAACGCCAUGUUGACCACAUUCAAUGAAAUCGAUAUGAGUGCUGCCAUGGAAUUCCGUAAAUCUAACUUGGAUGCUUUCCAAAAGAAGUUUGGUAUCAAAAUUGGAUUUAUGUCUAUAUUCUCGAAAGCUGCUGCAUACGCAUUGCAGGAUCAACCUGUAGUUAAUGCUGUUAUUGACGGACAGGAAAUAGUUUAUCGCGAUUACGUGGAUAUCUCGGUGGCUGUAGCUACGCCCAAGGGUCUAGUAGUGCCCGUGAUAAGAAAUGUUGAAAGCAUGAAUUACGCGGAUAUUGAAAUUGCUUUGGCUGCACUUGGAGAAAAGGCAAAACGGAACGCUAUCGCCAUUGAAGAUAUGGAUGGUGGAACCUUUACCAUAAGUAAUGGCGGUGUGUUCGGUUCGUUGAUGGGUACACCAAUCAUCAAUCCUCCCCAAAGUGCUAUAUUGGGCAUGCAUGGCAUAUUUGAGCGACCAGUUGCAGUAAAGGGUCAAGUGGUUGUACGCCCAAUGAUGUAUGUAGCUCUUACUUACGACCAUCGACUGAUUGACGGACGUGAGGCUGUAAUGUUCUUGCGUAAAAUCAAGGCUGCCGUAGAGGAUCCUAGAAUAAUGCUGGCUGGAUUAUAAAUUCAAUCUUAAUGAUAAUAUUCGAAGAAAGUAGCAUUAAAGCUUUAAAAAUGGAAUAUGUCUAACAUAUAAAUAUUGAACGGAUUGAAAAUA